GAGAGCCGAGCCGGCGGGCGGGCGAGCAAGGGAGUGAGCGCGGCCGCCACAAAGCUCGGGCGCCGCGGGGUCUGCGCGCGGCGUAGCUGGCCCGGCGCGGCGACUCCUUUCCAGGCUGGCGGGGCCCGGGCGCCCCGAGGCCGCGGCUUUCCUCCGCGCUCCAGUCGUUCGCAAGUUGCGAGCGAAGUUUGGUGGAGGAAACGCCAAGCCCAACUCCUUUCUUCCUCCCGCUCCCCAAAUCCGAGCGCAGCCCGCGGGCGUCAUGCCUGCGCGCCUCCGCAGCCUGGGGUGCGCGUGAAGCCUCGGAACUUUGGCGCCGGCGAGGACCACUUUUUUUUUUUUUUUUUUUUGCGGGGAGUUGGUCGUUUGCUCCAUCCCGACCCACGCUGGGCGCGGGGACAGACCCGAUCGCCGGGGAUCGUUGCCAUUCAAGAGGUUGCAGCAGCAGCAGCAGCAGCGGCAAGGCCAGCGAGCGGCUGCCGCAGCACCUUGAUUCCUGAGCCCACCGCCGGCUGAAGGCAUUGCUGCAGGCAGUCCAUGCUCGUAGAGGAAGGGUGCAGAUGGGAUUAACGUCCACAUGGAGAUAUGGAAGAGGACAGGGGAUCGGCACUGUAACCAUGGUCAGCUGGGGUCGCUUCCUCUGCCUGGUUGUGGUCACCAUGGCAACCUUGUCCCUGGCCCGGCCCUCCUUCAAUUUAGUUGACGAUACCACGGUUGAGCCGGAAGAGCCACCAACCAAAUACCAAAUCUCCCAACCAGAAGUUUACGUGGCUGCGCCCCGGGAGUCGCUAGAGUUGCGCUGCCUGUUGCGAGAUGCCGCCAUGAUCAGUUGGACUAAGGAUGGGGUACACUUGGGGCCCAACAAUAGGACAGUGCUUAUUGGGGAGUAUUUGCAGAUAAAAGGUGCCACGCCUAGAGACUCCGGCCUCUAUGCUUGUACUGCUGCUAGGAACGUAGACAGUGAGACUGUCUACUUCAUGGUCAAUGUUACAGAUGCCAUCUCAUCCGGAGAUGAUGAGGACGACGCAGAUGGCUCGGAGGAUUUUGUCAGUGAGAACAGUAACAGCAAGAGAGCACCGUACUGGACCAACACAGAAAAGAUGGAAAAACGGCUGCAUGCGGUCCCAGCAGCCAACACUGUCAAGUUCCGCUGCCCAGCUGGGGGGAAUCCAACACCAACCAUGAGGUGGCUGAAAAACGGGAAGGAAUUUAAGCAGGAGCAUCGCAUUGGAGGCUAUAAGGUACGAAACCAGCAUUGGAGCCUUAUUAUGGAAAGCGUGGUCCCGUCUGACAAAGGAAAUUAUACCUGCGUGGUGGAGAACGAUUACGGGUCCAUCAAUCAUACGUACCACCUCGACGUUGUUGAGCGAUCACCACACCGGCCCAUCCUCCAAGCUGGGCUGCCAGCAAAUGCCUCCACUGUGGUUGGAGGCGAUGUGGAGUUUGUCUGCAAAGUGUACAGCGAUGCCCAGCCCCAUAUCCAGUGGAUCAAACAUGUGGAAAAGAACGGCAGUAAAUACGGGCCCGACGGGCUGCCCUAUCUCAAGGUUCUGAAGCACUCGGGGAUAAAUAGUUCCAAUGCAGAAGUGCUGGCUCUGUUCAAUGUGACUGAGGCGGAUGCUGGGGAAUAUAUUUGUAAGGUCUCCAAUUAUAUAGGGCAGGCCAACCAGUCUGCCUGGCUCACUGUCCUGCCAAAACAGCAAGCUCCUGUAAGAGAAAAGGAGAUCCCAGCUUCCCCAGACUACCUGGAAAUAGCCAUUUACUGCAUAGGGGUGUUCUUCAUCGCCUGCAUGGUGGUGACAGUCAUCUUGUGCCGGAUGAGGAACACGACCAAGAAGCCGGACUUCAGCAGCCAGCCGGCUGUGCACAAGCUGACCAAGCGUAUCCCCCUGCGGAGACAGGUAACAGUUUCUGCAGAGUCCAGCUCCUCUAUGAACUCCAACACCCCGUUGGUGAGGAUUACAACUCGCCUCUCUUCAACUGCAGACACCCCCAUGCUGGCAGGGGUCUCCGAGUAUGAGCUGCCAGAAGAUCCCAAAUGGGAGUUUCCAAGAGAUAAGCUGACGCUGGGCAAACCCCUGGGAGAAGGUUGCUUUGGGCAAGUGGUCAUGGCUGAAGCAGUGGGAAUUGACAAGGAGAAGCCCAAGGAAGCAGUCACUGUGGCCGUGAAGAUGUUGAAAGAUGAUGCCACUGAGAAAGACCUUUCUGAUCUGGUGUCUGAGAUGGAGAUGAUGAAGAUGAUUGGGAAACACAAAAAUAUCAUAAAUCUCCUUGGAGCCUGUACUCAGGAUGGGCCGCUCUAUGUCAUCGUCGAGUACGCCUCAAAAGGCAAUCUUCGGGAAUACCUCCGCGCCCGGAGGCCACCCGGGAUGGAGUAUUCCUAUGACAUCAACCGCGUUCCCGAGGAGCAGAUGGCCUUCAAGGACUUGGUGUCGUGCACCUACCAGCUGGCCCGGGGCAUGGAGUACUUGGCUUCCCAGAAAUGCAUUCAUCGAGAUUUAGCUGCCAGAAAUGUUUUGGUAACAGAAAACAACGUGAUGAAAAUAGCUGACUUUGGACUGGCCAGAGAUAUCAACAAUAUAGACUAUUACAAAAAGACCACAAAUGGCCGACUUCCGGUCAAGUGGAUGGCUCCCGAAGCCCUUUUCGACAGAGUGUACACCCAUCAGAGUGAUGUCUGGUCCUUCGGGGUGUUAAUGUGGGAGAUCUUCACGUUAGGGGGCUCGCCCUACCCAGGGAUUCCCGUGGAGGAACUUUUUAAGCUGCUUAAGGAAGGACAUAGGAUGGACAAGCCAGCAAACUGCACCAACGAACUGUAUAUGAUGAUGAGAGACUGCUGGCAUGCAGUACCCUCACAGAGACCCACCUUCAAGCAGUUGGUAGAAGACUUGGAUCGAAUUCUCACACUCACAACCAACGAGGAAUACUUGGACCUCAGUCAGCCUCUCGAACCGUAUUCACCUUGUUAUCCUGACCCGAGAUGAAAUAAAACGUCUCUCUUCCCUUCUUUCAGGAAUACUUGGACCUCAGUCAGCUUCUUGAACAGUAUUCACCUAGUUACCCUGACACCAGGAGUUCUUGCUCUUCGGGAGAUGAUUCUGUUUUCUCUCCGGACCCCAUGCCUUACGAACCCUGCCUUCCUCAGUAUCCACAUAGAAACGGCAGUGUUAAAACAUGAAUGGGCCUGUCCCCCUGUCCCCAAACAGGGUGGCGUCAGGAACUUAGCUGUACUGAGCAGGGGGGGCCUUGCCUCCAGGAGCCUGUUGUCUUGGCUUGUAUAUAUGGAUCAGAGGAGUAAAUAUUUGGAAAAGUGAUCGGCACACGUGUAAAGAAUUGAUUAUCCAGUUGGAGACUUGUGAUCUUCACCAGGAGAACAAGAAGGUUGUGGGGGCGAUGGACUGCCAUGGGCCACCACAUGCUUGGGACCCACUGUGGGUACUGGCUGUGGACCAGCCGGACUUGAGGCAGACACCCGUUCUGCCUGCCUUGUGAAUUUUGUAAUAAUUGGAGAAAAUAUAUGUCAGCGCACACUUAUAGAGCACAAUUGCAGUAUAUAGGUGCUGGAUGUAUGUAAAUAUAUUCAAAUUAUGUAUAAAUAUAUAUUAUAUAUUUACAAGGAAUUAUUUUUUGUAUUGAUUUUAAAUGGAUAUCCCAGCACACCUAGAAAAUUGGUCUCUCUCUCUUUUUUUAAAAAAUAUAGCUAUUUGCUAAAUGCUGUUUCUUACACAGAAUUUCUUAAUUUUCACCGAGCAGAGGUGGAAAAGUACUUUUGCUUUCAGGGAAAAAUGAUAUGACAUUAAUUUAUUAAUGAAUUGGUAAUAUACAAAACAAUCUUUUUUUUGUUGUUGUUGUAAUUUAAGUGGCAUUUCUAUGCAGGCAGUGCACCAGACUAGUUAAUCUCUUGCUUGAACUUAACUAGUUACCAGAUCCUUUGAGAAGAGAAAUAUUUACAAAAAAUGACUAAUUUGGGGGAAGCGAAGUUUUGGUUUCUUUGUAUUUCAGCUCUGCUGUCAGAUGAUUGUUCUUUAACCACCUAACUGCCCGUAUUAAAAGAGCCCAUUGAUGAGAAUGUGUGUUAUUUUGGUGCAGCUUGGUUAUUGGGCCCAUAGACCUUUCACUGGGCUUCCCAAGACAAAUGGUACCAGCGUUCCCUUAAAAAGAUGCCUUAAUCUGUCCCUCAAAGGAGGAACUCUCGUCGAGAUGCUAAAAGAAUGUUCUGUCCAGCCGCUGGCCUUCUGCCCCCCUCCCUGCCAAGUUGCACAUUGAUCAGAUUAGCCUGUAUUCUCUUUGGCGAAUCUUCAUCACGGCUUCCAGAUUCGCUGGCAACAGAGAAGUCUCUUAGAAUCUUCAUGCCCCAUCGGAGAAAAUGGAAACAUUGAGUUGUUCUGCUGAUAGUUUGGGGGAUCCUUCCAUCUUUUUAAGGGAUCGCUUCCACCUCCUCUGGCAGGACCUCACCGAAAGAUCCUGCCCGAUGCCAACGUCAUGUUACUGCCAUGGUGUUCGUUCUGUAUGAACGUGUUGUGUUUUGCUUUCAAAACACCUUCUCACUCUGCUCUGGCUGUGCGACAUGAAUGCGGAUGACACUGAUUUUUAACGUGUUAUGAAAUUGGAGAAAGUAUUUAAUAAAACCUGUUAAUUUUUAUACUGACAAUAAAAAUGUUUCUACAGAUAUUAAUGUUAACAAGACAAAAUAAAUGUCAUGCGGCUUAUUUUUUUAA